AUGCUGGUGCAGCACAUGGAUAUCAAGACUGCUUAUUUGUAUGCCGAGCUAGAUGCGGACGGCGACAAGGUUUGUCGGUUGAAACGCAGCAUCUACGGGCUGAAGCAAUCGGCACCGGGCUGGAACCGGAAAAAUCGACAGCACGUUCAAGAAGAUGUUGUUCUAUCCUGCCGAAUCGGAUCCUUCCGUGAGCUACGACUGUUUCUUGGGAUACGCAUCGAGGAGCAAGACGGACACUACGUGUUGAACCAGGCCGGUUACAUCGACAAGAUUGUGGAGCGGUUUGGGCACGAACACGCGAAGCCGUCCAAGAUUCCACUCGACCCAGCUUACGCGUAA